AUGAUAAUAUAUAUUCAAAUAAGUUUUAAUUAUAUUUUAUUUUACCCACUUCUCCUUUCCAGACACAUGAGAAUCCACACAGGAGAGAAACCAUUUGCUUGUGAUACUUGUGGGUAUAAAUUUAGACACAAGUCAACUUUAAACUCACACAUAAGAAUCCACACAGGAGAGAAACCAUUUGCUUGUGGAGUUUGUGAACAAAAGUUUGGGCGAAAGUCCCAUUUAAGCUCACACAUGACAACCCACACAGGACAAAAACCAUUUGCUUGUGAUGUAUGUGGACAAAGUUUUGGACAAAAGUCUAAUUUAAACAAACACAUGAUAAUCCACACAGGACAUAAACCAUUUGCUUGUGAUGUUUGUGGACAAACGUUUGGACAAAAGGCACAUUUAAACUCACACAUGAUAAUCCACACAGGACAGAAACCAUUUGUUUGUGAUGUUUGUGGACAACGUUUUGGACAAAAGUCAAUUUUAAAUAAACACAUGAUAAUCCACACAGGACAGAAACCAUUUGCUUGUGAUGUUUGUGGAAAAAAGUUUAGACAAAAGUCACAUUUAAAGUCACACAAGGGAAUCCACAUUGGAGAUAAACCAUUUGCUUGUGAUGUUUGUGGACAACAGUUUAGAGAAAAGUCACUUUUAAACUCCCACGUGAUAAUCCACACAGGACAAAAAGCAUUUACUUGUGAUGUUUGUGGACAAAGUUUUGUACACAAGUCAAAUUUAAACAAACACAUGACAAUCCACACAGGACAUAAACCAUUUGCUUGUGGAGUUUGUGGACAAAGAUUUGGACACAAGUCACAUUUAAACUCACACAUUAUAAUACACACAGGACAGAAACCAUUUGCUUGUGGAGUUUGUGGACAAAGGUUUAGACUAAAGCAAACUUUAAACAACCACAUGAGAAUCCACACAGGACUAAAACCAUUUGCUUGUGAUGUUUGUGGACAAAAGUAUAGACAAAAGUCAAAUUUAAACCAACACAUGAUAAGCCACACCGGAGAGAAACCAUUUGCUUGUGAUGUUUGUGGACAAUGUUUUGGACACAAGUCACAUUUAAAUUCACACAUGAGGAUCCACACAGGCCAGAAACCAUUUGUUUGUGAAGUUUGUGGACAAAGGUUUGGUCAAAAGUCAACUUUAAACAUACACAUGAGAAUCCACACAGGAAAGAAACCAUUUGCCUGUGAUGUUUGUGGACAAACGUUCAGACAAAAGUCUCAUUUAAACUCACACAUGAUAAUCCACACAGAACAGAAACCAUUUGCUUGUGAUAUUUGUGGACAAAAUUUUGGACUAAAGUCAAGUUUAAAGAAACACAUGAGAAACCACACAGGACAGAAACUGUGA